AUGUACCACCUGGCCAAGGGCCUCUAUAUGCUGGCCACGAGCAAAGAAGAGUACUCGGUCAUUCUCCUCGGCUUGGACAAUGCCGGCAAGACCACCUUCCACGAGCAGGUCAAGGCCCUCUUCUCGCCCGACCAGCCGGCCGCGCCGCCCAAGCUGCAGACCGUGCCCACCGUCGGCCAGAAUGUGUCGACCAUUACGCUGCCGGACAUGUACAUGAAGCUCUGGGACGUCGGCGGCCAGCUCAGCCUGCGCAAGCUGUGGCAGAGCUACUACCAGAGCUGUCACGCCAUUGUCUUUGUCAUCGACAGCACCGACAUUGGCGACGGCCUGCUGGACGACGGCGUAGCGGUGCCCUCCGCAUCGACGGGGGCAGCAGCAGGAGCAGCAUCGUCCUCCUCGUCGACGGUACCCGGCUCCGCCUCCACCUCCGCGGCGUCGUCGGCGGCGGUGGUGGCGACGGCCGCCGCGACGGUCCCUCUCGGCGAGGCUACGCGUCUCGACGAGUGCCGUGCCGUGCUCGAAGACGUGCUGCAGCAUUCAGACACCGAGGGCGUGCCCCUGCUCAUUCUCGCCAACAAGCAAGACCGCGAAGACUGCGUGGAGGUUGUGCGCAUCAAGGAGGGGCUGGUGAAGAAGGUCUUUGAGGGCGAAAAGGCGUCGAGCAUCCGCGACUCGCGCGUGCUGCCCGUGUCGGCCCUGACCGGCACCGGCGUGCGGGAAGCCGUCGAGUGGCUGCGGUCGCGCGUCAAGUGGAACAAAGAAUCCAGGCCGCCCGUGAUGCGGUAG